CAGAUGCCCUCCGGCAUUCGCAGACAGAAGGCUUCUCAGAGCUGAUGCUGUAUGACUACCCGUGGUUCCACGGCACGCUGUCGCGCGUCGACGCCACGCAGCUCGUGCUCAUAGGUGGCACCAGCGGGCACGGUACAUUCCUCGUGCGACAGAGCGAGACGCGUAAGGGGGAGUACGUGUUGACGUUCAACUUUCAGGCUCGUGCGAAGCACCUGCGCAUGACGAUCAACACCGACGGCCAGUGCAGGGUGCAGCACCUGUGGUUCCAGACUGUGUUUGACAUGCUGGAGCACUUCCGCACACACCCGAUCCCGCUCGAGUCUGGCGGCAGCUCUGACGUCACGCUCACCGACUACGUGAUCGCAUCGCAGGCGCCGCCAUCGCCGCAGCCGCGUCGCCGCCGCCGCGUCGUGUCGGUCGGCGCCGCCAGCAACGACAGCGCCACGACGGCGGCGGGCGCGCCGCUGCACGGCAGCACGCAGCAGCUAUCAUCGUCGGAGGCGGUCAGUGGCGAGGCGGGCGUGGCGAACGGAAACACGAACCAGAACAACCACCAGGGCGGCAGCCGCGCUGUGGAGAAUAUGUACUCGUUUGUCUGA